GGAGAAAGAGCGAGAGGCGUUUGGCCCGCCGAGGCCGCCGUAGCGAGGGGGCGGAGCCCGGAAGGAAGCAGGAUGGCGGCGCUGGGCAGUGACAGCGAUGAGGAUCUGGUCAGCUAUGGCACGGGCCUGGAGCCUCUGGAAGAAGGUGAAAGACCAAAGAAACCGGUUCCUCUUCAGGAUCAGACUGUCAGAGAUGAGAAAGGAAGGUAUAAACGAUUUCAUGGAGCCUUCAGCGGAGGGUUCUCUGCCGGGUACUUCAAUACUGUUGGCUCCAAAGAAGGAUGGACACCCUCUACCUUUGUGUCUUCUCGCCAGAACAGAGCAGACAAAUCUGUUCUCAGUCCUGAAGACUUCAUGGAUGAAGAGGAUCUCAGUGAAUUUGGAAUAGCACCUAAAGCAAUUGUCACCACAGACGAUUUUGCUUCCAAAACCAAAGAUAGGAUCCGAGAGAAGGCCAGGCAGUUGGCGGCUGCUACUGCCCCUAUUCCUGGAGCCACUCUGCUCGAUGACCUCAUAUCACCAGCUAAAUUAUCUAUUGGUUUUGAAUUGCUAAGAAAAAUGGGUUGGAAGGAAGGGCAAGGAGUUGGCCCUCGAGUAAAGAGAAGGCCACGCCGACAGAAACCAGAUCCCGGAGUCAAAAUCUAUGGCUGUGCCUUACCCCCUGGAGGCUCAGAAGGGUCUGAGGAUGAAGAAGAUGACUACUUGCCUGAUAAUGUGACCUUUGCCCCCAAAGACGUCACACCUGUGGAUUUCACACCUAAAGAUAAUGUACACGGACUCGCUUACAAGGGCCUGGAUCCCCACCAGGCACUGUUCGGAACUUCAGGAGAACAUAUUAAUCUCUUCAGUGGGGGAUCUGAGGGGACCAGUGAUCUUCUUGGAGAUGUUGGACUGAGUAAAGGAAGAAAGCUGGGCAUUUCAGGCCAGGCUUUCGGUGUGGGUGCCCUGGAAGAGGAAGAUGAUGACAUCUAUGCCAUGGAAACUCUAUCCAAGUAUGACACUGUGUUGAAGGAUGAGGAGCCUGGAGACGGACUCUACGGCUGGACAGCGCCCAAGCAAUAUAAAAGUCAGAAAGAAUCAGAGAAAGAUCUUCGAUACGUUGGCAAAAUUCUGGAUGGAUUUUCCUUGGCUUCUAAACCUUUAUCUUCUAAGAAAAUUUAUCCUCCACCUGAUUUGCCAAGAGACUACCGACCAGUGCAUUAUUUCAGACCAGUGGUGGCCGCAACCUCUGAGAACUCCCACUUACUUCAGGUGUUAUCUGAGUCUGCUGGAAAGGCAACACAUGACCUAGGGACACACAGUAGGCACCAACUGAAUGCCUCCAAGCGUGGGGAGAUGCUCGGAGAGACGCCUGUUCAAGGGGCAAGUACAUCAGUGUUAGAGUUUCUGUCCCAAAAAGAUAGGGAGAGAAUUAAAGAAAUGAAGCACGCGACUGACCUUAAAGCAGCGCAACUCAAGGCCAGGAGUCUGGCCCAGAACGCCUCCAGCAGCAGACUGCAGCCCUCCCCUCCCGAAGUUGGACAUAGCUCGUGGCACGUGGCCUCGGGUGGUAGGACAGCCACCACAAGAGCCAGCAACUUCAAACCUUUCGCUAAAGAUCCAGAAAAGCAAAGACGAUACGAAGAGUUCUUGGUACAGAUGAAACAGGGUCGGAAAGAUGCCCUGGAACGUUGCCUGGAUCCCAGCAUGACCGAGUGGGAACGAGGCCGCGAGCGGGAUGAGUUUGCCCGGGCAGCCCAGCUAUACGUGUCCUCCCAUUCGACCUUGUCGUCGAGGUUCACUCACGCCAAGGAGGAAGACGAUUCAGAUCAAGUUGAAGUCCCUCGAGACCAAGAGAAUGACGUCAACGACAAGCAGUCAGCUGUGAAGAUGAAGAUGUUUGGGAAGCUCACCCGAGACACGUUUGAGUGGCACCCUGACAAGCUUCUGUGUAAGAGGUUUAAUGUCCCUGACCCUUAUCCAGAUUCAACUUUAGUUGGCUUACCACGGGUGAAGCGUGACAAGUACUCAGUCUUCAACUUUCUGACGAUCCCUGAGACAGCCUCCCUGCCCACAACGCAAGCCUCAAGUGAAAACACGCCACAGCACCGAGGUCCUGACAAAUCCCGAAAACCAACCAGGUGGGAUACAUCUAAACAAGAAAAGAACGAAGAUUCCAUUAGUGAAUUCUUAAGUUUGGCUAGAUCAAAAGUUGGCCCACCUAAACAAGAGUCCAGUCCGUCAGUAAAAAGAGAAGAGGAACCUGCUCCAGAGUCCCUCUCAGAUAAGACGGCAAACCAAGCUGUGGAUUCACAGACGGAGGGGGAAGGAAGCCGCCCCUCCAUGGACUUGUUCAAGGCCAUCUUUGCCAGCUCCUCAGAUGAGAAGUCCUCGUCCUCUGAGGAAGAGCAGGGCGACAGCGAGGAUGAGGAGGAUACUGGAGAGGCCGAGGUCAAAAGUUCCCAAGAGACGCCCUUGGAGGCCUCGUCCUCUGUGGAACCAGCCACUGAGCCAGCACCCCGAGAGCCUGCGCCUCCCUUCCCGAUACAGAAGAUGCAGAUGGAUGAAAGGGAGGAGUUCGGCCCGCGCCUGCCACCUGUCUUCUGCCCCAAUGCUCGGCAGAAACCUGAGGCUCCUCAAAAAGAGAAACACAAAAAGAGCAAAGAAAAACACAAACCCAAGAAAGAGCACAGACGGAAGAAGGAGAAGAAAAAGAAACACAGGAAACACAAACACAAAGGCAAGCAAAAGAGUAAAAAAUCAGAGAAAAAUAGCAGUUCUGAGAGUACAGACAGCAGUGACAGCUCGAGUGACGAUGAAGGAGCCCCUGACCUGUCACCCCAGGAGCUGCUGAGACGGAACCCGUGUACUUGGGCCAUCAUCUGCUGCCGCCCUGGAGCAUCAGCAGGAAGCUGGUCCUCAAUGCAGAGUAGCUGGGACUCGAAAUGGAACAUGGGCUGUGGGCAUCUCAAGCAGCAGCUGCACCAGCUUCAAAAAUUCUGCACCUAAGUAAACUUAUCUUUUAAUUCCAUUUUCCACGAACUUUCUGAAUCACCCUCUUACAAUGGUUGAAGUAGGUGAGUGAAAUUGUAAUUGGAAUUUUGCCUUUAUAAAUUGUCCCUAAUACUCGAUGUGGGUGAGGAGGGUUGUGUGUGUGCUCUGGAGGUAACAGAAGGAGCAUUAAAGGCAGGCGUUGUGGUGCAGUGAGAUAGACGGCCACUGGGGGUGCCCGAAUCCCACAUUGGAGCCUGGGAUUGAGUCCUGCCUCUGCUUCUGAUCCAGCUUCCUGGGUAGCAGGGGAUGAUGGCACAAGUACCUGGUUCCCCCAGAGUUCCUGGUGCCUGGCCUCAGCCUGGCCCAGCUCCAGAUACUGCAGGAAUUUGGGGAUGAAUGGAAGAUUCUCUCUCUGUCACUCUGUUUUCAGAUAAUUAAACACAUCUUUAAAACACCACGGAUUAAGCAGUGCUUCAUCCUAGGUGGUCACCCCGUGUUCUACAGGUGCUGUGAGGUGGUGUCUGGUCUACUCGGCACUCAUGGAGGGCUUUGGUUUUCCAGGUCCUGUCUCACUUUCCUUCCCCUCCCUUUCUUUUUUCU